UGGCGGAGCGGUUUCUGCAUUGUGCAUCUUUGGAGAGCUGCUUGUUUUUGACAGUGUGACCCAUGAGUUUAGUGUCCAAGGUACUGUAUAUUUCACAUUAUAAACUGGGUGGUUUGAGCCCUGAAUUCUGAUUGGAUGAAAGCCAUGGUAUAUUUAAGCAAUAAUGCACGAGAGGAUGUCGUAUAUGGCCAAUAUACCAUGGCUAAGGGCUGUUCUUAUGCACGACGCAUUGCGGAGUGCCUUAAUACAGCCCUUAGCCGUGGUAUAUUGGCCAUAUAUCACAAACCCGAGGUGCCUUAUUGCUAUUAUAAACUGGUUACCAACGUAAUUAGAGCAGUUAAAAUAAAUGUUUUGUCAUACCUGUGGUAUACAGUCUGAUAUACCACGGCUGUCAUCCAAUCAGCAUUCAGGGCUCGAACCACCCAGUUUAUAACAGACUGUAUACCACGGAUAUAACAAAAUAUUUAGUUGUACUGCUCUAAUUAUGUUGGAAACCAGUUUAUAAUAGCAAUAAGGCACCUCGGGGUUUGUGAUACAUGGCCAAUAUACCACGGCUAAGGGCUGUAUUAAGGCAUAACAACAACUGUUAGCCGUGGUAUAUUGGCCAUAUACCACACCUCCUCACGCCUUAUUGCUUAACUCCAGUCUACCUGCUGUGUCCCUCCCCACAAACAAAACAUAAUUUCCAAACGUUAAUGAAAAGAACAGGCGCAAUUACUUAAGACAAUGCUGCGUUCGUAAACAAGUGGGAGGUAGAAAUUUACCGGUUGUGAUGCCGUAAAUACCAGUUGGAUGUAUUCACAUGCAUUGAAUUAGUUGAGAAACGCUGAUUGGCUAAUGGCCAACAAGCUGCAUAAACCAUAACUAAAAGUACAGCUAUCAUGCUUGUAAAUAAGUUACCGUGUUCAAAAACCAUAUUAGUAGAUUGCUUUUUAUAAAUGUUUUGUUGCGUUUAACUACCGAAAAUGCUGUUAGCAAGGUGACAUCAGAGCUCAUGAUGAUAUGUAAUUUGUAAUUACCAGUUGGAUGAUGGUUCAAGUGGAUAUUUGCCAGUCAUAUGUGGUACAUUUACAUUUAAGUCAUUUAGCAGACGCUCUUAUCCAGAGCGACUUACAAAUUGGAAAGUUCAUACAUUCCCACUUUUCACUUGGUUAUGAACGCAACAUUAGAGGUUACUCUUCUAUCUCUGCAAUACUUAUCCAACUCAGUAUACCCUUCAGCAUGCCCAUACAGUAUUGUCAACAAAGGCUGUUACAUACAGUAGGUUAGUGACAACUGUUUUCUUAGAUUUAAUCUGGAAACAUCAAUACAUACUGUCACUGUGGGUCAAGAAUGGGACUGGGAGUCUCUGACCCAUUGCUGAAACAGUUUUAAUGGGUAUGUGUUGUGCACUUCCCCAUCAGACAGACCGUGUGGAUGCUAAUCAAUCAAUUCUGGGAAUGAAGUAUCAACAUUGAGCUCACAGUUAAAGGGAAACUGUCAGUGAUUCAUGUUUAUUAUAAUGUGAGUCAAAACGCUAAAGAAUUUGCAAUACAAUUGAAACUAUAGCCUACAACCGUUUUCGGUUUGUAAUUGAAACUGUAGCCUACCGACAAUUAGGUGGAUAUCCUCAUAUUAAAUAUUGUCAUAUGUUUCCCUCAGUAUCCUAUCGGGUCUUCUUAUGAUUCAUAACGCCCGUGAUUCCAGCAACAUUUAUUAAGUAGAAUGAUUGAUUUCCGUGUCAAACGCAGUCUUUAACAAAAAUAGAGACAACACUGCUAGACGAGAAAAUUGACAUGUAGGUCGUGCGCCCUCCAUUUUUGUGUUGAGGGAACUGUACACCCUCCUAUCACAUAGUAGGCAGCAGACAGUGGAGCUAAAAGACGCACAGCGCAUCCGCUUGCCUCCCCAUUGACGUCACUUUGGUAUCACAUGAACGAGAAGGGACCAAUCCAAGUGGCUCUAUCGAAGUGCUUGGGUUCUUUCACGAAGAUAGAAGAAAAAGACAGUAAAAAGGAACCAUGCCAAUGACCGUUUAAAGACCAAAAACACGAAGAAACACGUCGCCUUUGGAUUUGGGUGUUUUGUAUCAAAGCUACGUGACUUGUAUGAGUUCAAUCUGUGGAAGAUGUUAUCUGGACUGGGGCUGGCAGAAUGGACAUGGCCCGAACAUAUUGAGUAGCUCUUUGGGGGUGCUAAACGCGGACAGGAUAGACAUUACAGUGGGAAUGGUGUGGAUAUAGGAUUAUUUGCCUAUCCAAUAACUGCUCUUUUACUUUUCCGUUCUGAAAUACCCCCAUCAAAGACUCUUUCAUGGCUUUUCUAUCAGUGGCUCCGCCGUGUCUGUUUUUCGCCCACAACACUCUUUUAACAAUUGAGGUCGUAUCGCGGUAGCUUUGCUCCCAAGGUUUACAAUCCAACCCAAUUGGCUUUUCUUUUUAAAUAUAUAUUUAAAAAACGAAUAUUAGAUAGGCCUACAUUGUUACCUAUAGGAUAUUUUUGAGACUAGUUGAAUAUGGAUUUUAACAGCAGCGGCGAGGGUAACGAGCUACAUAAUAAACAAUUCUAUCAAUCUGAGGAGAGCAAGCCUUUGCUGGGGGAGAUGUCUGCGUCGACGCCACCCGAGGGGAAUAAUAUUAAGUUAGGCGCCGGGCCGUGCAAGAGAACCCUUCUCCAUUGCAGCAGCGGGAUGCGAUAUAAACUACUACAGGAGGGGGACAUUCAGGUGUGUGUGGUGAAACACCCUCGGACCUUCCUCAGCAAAAUUCUAACCUCAAAAUUCUUACGGAGAUGGGAACCGCACCACCUCACCUUGACAGACUGCAGCCUGGCGUCUGCGACGCCCACGGGGUACAUGGAGGCUGCCCUGUCCUACAGUACCAUAGAGGACCUGCAGCUGCUCUCCUGGGAUAAUGCCCCCAAAUAUUGUGUGCAGCUCAGCUUCCCCGGGGGCACCGUCCUCCUGCAGGCAGCCAACAGCUAUCUGCGGGACCAGUGGUUUCAUUCCCUGCAGUGGAAGAAAAAGAUCUAUAAGUACCGUAAGGUUCUGAACAACCCUAGUCGCUGGGAGGUGGUUCUGAAGGAGAUCAGAUCACUGGUGGACAUGGCCUUGAACUCUCCCCUGCAGGACGAGUCCAUUCACCAGGCCCCGCUGCAAAUCAUCUCCACCCUGCUGGCCGAGAACACCAACCUCAGCUCUCAGGACCAUGAGAACAUCAUUGUGGCCAUCGCUCCUCUCCUGGAAAAGAACCACCCUCCACCGGACCUGUGUGAGUUCUUCUGCAAGCACUGUCGGGAGCGUCCGCGGUCGAUGGUUGUGAUUGAAGUGUUCACCCCUGUGGUCCAGAGAAUCCUUAAACACAACAUGGACUUUGGGAAAUGCCCCAGACUGCGUCUCUUCACUCAAGAGUACAUCUUAGCUCUAAAUGAGCUCAACGCUGGGAUGGAGGUUGUGAAGAAAUUCAUUCACAGCAUGCAUGGUCCCUCCGGGCAAUGCCCUCACCCCCGCGUCCUGCCCAACCUGGUGGCAGUGUGCCUGGCUGCCAUCUACUCCUGCUACGAGGAGUUAAUCAACAGCCGGGACAACUCCCCAAGUCUGAAGGAGAUCAGGAACGGCUGCCAGCAACAGAAUGACCGUAAACCCCCCCUGCCACUCCGCCUGCUGCGCCCAGAGCCCCCCACACCUCCACCAACGGCCCUGCUGCCCCUCUCCCCUCCCCCCUCAGCUCCCCUCUCCCCUCCCCCCACACUGCCCCUCUCUCCCCCGCCCUCCAUCGUCAACUCCAGUGAGAUCCUGGUGGAGUUGGAACGCAACAACAACACUGCCAACGCCAGGCGGAAGGGCCCAGCGGGAAGCGACAGUGAGCCCAACCUGAUCGACUGUCUGCUAGUCAGCCCCGCCCUCAACGCCCUGUCAAUCCAGCUGCCUGCCCAGGCCGACCGCGUGUUGGGCUGCUUCGCACUCAUCCUCAAAAUGCUGUCUGACUACGAUGACUGGAGACCAGCCCUGGCCAGCCUGCUGCAGCCCAUCCCCUUCCCCAAAGAGGCCCUUGCACACGCCAAAUUCACAAAAGAGCUGAAAUAUGUUAUUCAGAGGUUUGCAGAAGACCCCAGACAGGAGGUCCACUCCUGUCUGCUCAGUGUGCGCUCUGGAAAGGACGGUUGGUUCCAGCUCUACAGUCCAGGGGGUGUGGCCUGUGAUGAUGAUGGGGAGCUCUUUGCCAGCAUGGUCCACAUCCUUAUGGGUUCCUGCUACAAAACGAAGAAGUUUCUCCUGUCCCUGGCUGAAAACAAGCUCGGACCCUGCAUGCUCCUGGCUCUGCGUGGGAACCAGACCAUGGUUGAGAUCUUGUGCCUGAUGCUGGAGUACAACAUCAUCGAGAACAAGGACACCCAGCUGCAGAUCAUCUCCACCCUGGAGAGCACUCCGGUGGGCCUUCACAUGUACGAGCAGCUGUGUGACAGGCAGAGGGAGCUCAAAGAGCUGCAAAGGAAAGGGGGCCCAACCCGACUUACUCUGCCCUCCAAGUCUACGGAUGCAGACCUUGCAAGGCUACUGAGCUCUGGCUCCUUUGGGAACCUGGAGAACCUGAGUCUUGCCUUUACCAACGUCACCAGUGCCUGUGCUGAACAGCUCAUCAAGCUGCCCUCUCUCAAACAGCUCAACCUGUGGUCCACCCAGUUUGGAGAUGCAGGACUGCGGUUGCUGUCUGAACACUUGGCAUGUUUGCAGGUGUUGAAUCUGUGUGAGACACCCGUGACCGAUGCUGGCCUGCUGUCCCUCAGCUCCAUGAAGAGCCUGUGCAGUUUGAACAUGAACAGCACCAAGCUCACAGCAGACACAUAUGAUGACUUAAAGGCCAAACUCCCCAAUCUGAAGGAGGUGGAUGUCCGCUACACCGAGGCCUGGUGAACACAUCCUGUAUGACAUCACUAGAACACCAACUCCCACAUCAUCCAAACAUGAGGAUAACCUGAUAUCAUCGGAACACAUAGCCUCUCUUACAUCAACAAUAAAAGGAUCCUCUCCCAUCUCUAGAUGAGGACACUUUUAUCUGGAGAUGACAUCAAAACGCCACGACCUCUCUAGUAACAUGUCCAUGGAAAAUUACUAUCUUUCUAGUGACAUCAUCAAAAUACAAGGACCUGUUCUUUCUUGUGAAAUCAACAUACAAGGACCUCCUUUUUAGUGACAUCAUCAAAAUGCAAGAACCCACUUUCUUGUGACAUAAGGGACCCUCUCUUGCUCUCGUUCUCUCUCAUGUGUAGUUGCUCACUCAGUCCCUGUCCACAUCCUAUUUGCCCUCAAUAGACUCGUCAUAGAUUUCCUCUGUGUUGUGUCACAUGUACACAGAACAAAGUUAACAAAUGGUGGAUCUUGCCCCUUUCUCCCCUCUCCCUCUCCUGCUCUCUUUAAGGACCUUUGAGUUUAAAUGACCUCUCUUCCCUCCAUUUACUGGGAGCUAUUCUACCCUUGUCUGAUGAAGGCUGGAUAACCAGGUCACAUUCCAGUACAUUUUUUUUAUAUUGCCUCUAGUCAAUCCAAAUGUAGCUUUAAAAGACUAUUCAACUGUCAUUUUGGUAUUGUUGUUUUGUUUGGGUUCUUUCAGGUUCAGAGUCGGGCCUUUCCAGUCCUUCAUUGGGAAUGAGGUGCUACCUCAAAAAAAUAAAAGUUGCAAGACUGUGCCUAAUGCCUUGUAUAACACGUUCACUCUCAAUCAAUUUUUAUCAACUUGAAUGAACGUAUUUUUCCAGACAUUUCUGCUUUCAUAUAUUCUGUAUAUAUAUAUUCUGUAUAUGAAGGAUACACACACAGUUCCAGGGAAAAGUUUGGACAUACCUACUCUUUCAAGGCUUUUCCUUUAUUUUGACUAUUUUCUACAUUGUAGAAUAAUAGUGAAAACAUAAAAACGAUGAAAUAACACAUAUGGAAUCAUGUAGUAACCAAAAAAGUGUUAUCAAAAUAUUUUUUAGAUUUCUUCAAAGUAGCCACCCUUUGCCUUGAUGACAGCUUUGCACAAUCUUGGCACUCUCAACCAGCUUCACAUGGAAUUCUUUUCCAACAGCCUUAAAGGAAUUCCCACAUAUACUGAGCAUUAGUUGGCUGCUUUUCGUUCACUCUGCAGUCCAACUCAUCCCAAACCAUAUCAAUUGGGUUCAGGCCGGGUGAUUGUGGAGGCCAGGUCAUCUGAUACAGCACUGCCAUCACUCUCCUUCUUGGUCAAAUAGCCCUUACACAGCCUGGAGGUGAGUUGGGUCAUUAUCCUGUUGUAAAACAAAUGAUAGUCCCACUAACUGCAAACCAGAUGGGAUGGGGUAUCGCUGCAGAAUGCUGUGGUAGCUAUGCUGGUUAAGUGUGCCUUGAAUUCUAAAUAAAUCACUGACAGUGUCACCAGCAAAGCACAUUGGCAACUCCUCCUCCAUGCAUCAUGGUGGGAACCACACAUGCGGAGAUCAUCUGUUCACCUACUCUGCGUCUAACAAAGACACGGCGGUUGCAGCCACAAAUCUCAAAUAUGGACUCAUCAGACCAAGGGACAGAUUUCCACCGGUCUAAUGUCUGUUGCUCGUGUUUCUUGGCCCAAGCAAGUCUCUUCUUAUUAUUGGUGUCCUUUAUUAGUGGUUUCUUUGCAGCAAUUUGACCAUGAAGGCCUGAUUCACGCAGUCUCCUCUGAACAGUUGAUGUUGAGAUGUCUGUUACUUGAACUCUGUGAAGCAUUUAUUAGGGCUGCAAUUUCUGUGGCUGGUAACUCUAAUUAAUUUGUCCUCUGCAGCAGAGGUAACUCUGGGUCUUCCUUUCCUGUGGCGGUCCUCAUGAGAGCCAGUUUCAUCAUAGCGCUUGAUGGUUUUUGCAACUGCACUUGAAGAAACUUUUAAAGUUCUUGAAAUUUUACGGAUUGACUGACCUUCAAGUCUUAAAGUAAUGAUGGACUGUCGUUUCUCUUUGCUUACUUGCCAUAAUAUGGACUUGGUCUAUCUUCUGUAUACCACCCCUACCUUGUCACAACACAACUGAUUGUCUCAAACGCAUUAAGAAGGAAAGAAAUUCCACAAAUUAACUUCUAACAAGGCACACCUGUUAAUUGAAAUACAUUCCAGGUGACAACCUCAUGAAGUUCAUUGAGAGAAUGCCAAGAGUGUGCAAAGCUGUCAAGGCAAAUGGUGUCUACUUUCAAGAAUCUAAAACAUAUUUUGAUUUGUUUAACACUUUUUUUUGGAUACUACAUAGUUUCGAUGUCUUCACUAUUAUUCUACAAUGUAGAAAAUAGUAAAAAUAAAGAAAUACCUUUUGAGUGGGUGUGUCAACUUUUGACUGGUACUGUGUUUGUAUGUAUGUAUGUUUUAUUUAUAUAUAUAUAUAUAUAUAUUCCCUGUUGACAUUUUAAAAGCAGACAUUUCAAGAGCUCUCCUCUGAGGUUGCAACACCAUUAAAAGGAAAACAUGUUUGUACAUAACUCCCAUAUUUAAUAGAAUGGUUGUGAGGUAGGUGGUCUGGGACUGCCUUGUAUUUAUGAUUUCUCUCUUCAUAUCCCUGUUUUUCUGCCUCCCCUAAUUUUGUCAUAUACCUUUUUUUCACUUUCUAGGCAACUUAUCCAUAAUCCAUGUUGUGGCUUCAACAGAGGCCCUAUGUGCACCUUGCAACAACCUCUCAAUGUUGCCUUUUUGGCAUGAUGAGGCAUGUUUUUAUAGAGAUGAAUAUUGGACACUUUUUGCUAGUGGAUGUAGAUAUACAUGCCAUGGUCAUCCUUAAUGGGAUAGAAAUAUUUUGUCAAUGUCAGGAUUGAAGAGGCUCUGUAGAGGCAACAGCAUGGUGUGUAGAUGACCCUGAUAAAAAGGGGCACAUUAACUGCCCAAAGUCUCUAGAUUAAGAUUUUAAUUCACAAUUGUUUGCCAUACUGUACUUCAAAAAAGAAACUAUUGCUUCAAACAUCAGUAUGGUCUGAAACAUGACAACGGUGGUUUCUAAUGUGCUAAUCAUUCAUUCACAGAACCACAUUUCUCUCUACUCCCCAUCAAGCAUGGAGAGAGGGCACUGUUUGGAGUAUCCUCACCCAUGAAAGUAGCACAUGUAUCUCGGUUAAAAUGUUUUGCAUUCAAUCUUUAUUUGAAAUCCUAAGAAAACUUUCUGUUUACAUGGGCAUACUGUGGACAAGUCCAUUUUUUUAAACCACCUGUUUUGAAUUGAUUUGCCAUAUUGUUACCAAGGAAUGUUAUUUCAGCAUUCAGGUAUGUGGUGACUUUGCCCACACAAACAGCAGAACAGUGUUGUCCUCUGUGUCUCUUCUCUUCUGCUGUAGGUGGCUUUGAUCAAUCUGUCCCUUCUCUGUGCCCUUUCAGGGUGUCUUACACAAUUAGAUCGUUCUUUUGACUGCUCUACUCUGGUCCCAUCCACUUAUUGUUUUUUCAGAAUGCUCUAGAAUUCUGCUCAGUUUUGGCAGAACUUAAAGAACACAGAGUUGGACACCGUCCAAUAAGAGUUCAAUGCUAUGUUUAUUUUGAGUGCCAUUACGGUUACUGGCACUAAAUUUCAUUGUGUAUGGGCAUCUUUGGUCUGGCUUAGGAUCUCAUGCUGUCACUUCCUGUAUAAUGUAUGUAUGUGUGUGUGUGUAUAUAUGUAUAUGUAUAUAUAUAUGUAUAUGUAUAUGUAUGUGUAUAUAUACACACACACACGUGUAUAUAAUUUUCUGUCUCCCUCCCCUCUGUGCUUCUUAGUCUCCCUGUUAGGGAGGCUGUCAUUGCCUUCAUCUUUAGGACAUGUGCGUGUGGUCAUUAACUUUUUAUUUUCACACAAAGUGCACUGUAAUCUGUCGUGUUUUCAUGGUUAGUAUCUUUUAAUGAUUUGUUUGUCAACUGUUAAUUUGAUUUGAUCACUUUAAUCUAGAGUUUAUUUGUCGCCUGACUUUUUUUUGGCAUGUACAUGUUGCAUCAGCUGAUGUUUUUUUAUUUUGUUUUUUUUAUUUUAAAGAUUUGAAUAUGAAAAGGGUCAGAUCACUAGCUCUGAAGUCAACCUACACCCUUUGUCCAUGGGUUACCACAAUGUUCUGAUCGAAGCUCAAUGAUAAGCAGUACAUUUCAUAAACCAGCGAUUUAAUCACCUUGGUGUGUGAUUACAGACCUUUGUAUUGCUGGACACAUUAGCUUGUGCACAAAAUACUGUGUAAUGAUAUGAACAUAGUAUGUAUGUAUGUAUGCCAGUGAGUGUACUGGUUAUUGUACAGGUUGUACACUGGUGACAUACUGUGUGUAAUGAUAUGAACAUAGUAUGUAUGUGGGAACCUGACCUGAGGAUUUUUUUGUAGCCCUGAUGUUCCUCUAGUUUUUAACGUUCAAAUGUAUAUCUGCAGCUGGCUAAAGAGGGAGACGUAGAGGUUUGAAUGUGGAGGGUUUUAGUACUGUAGAGGAAAUUGUGACGACAAAAACAAAUCCAUUUGUUAUAUCGUUUUCCUGUGGAGCUCACUGUGCUUUGCUUUGGUUUAUGUCUCCUCUAACUCACUCUCUUCUCUCCUCAUUCCUCUCUUUUCAGAGGUGAUAUUACAACCUGUACUAAUUUUUCUGAAUUUGUAAAGAUUUCUCUAAUUUGAAUUGUGACCCGCGGCUUGAGUCUUAAUGUGGUUGACAGCGGGGCGCCUGCUGCUGUAGCCCCCCUGCUAACGCAGUGAUGGACAUAAACUAGAUUUCCCAUGAUUCCUGUAAUUUUUUGCAGCUCAAACGUUCCCCUCAUUUCCUCUUGUCUGCGUUAUCUGCUUCUACAGCUGGGUUACUACUGCUCUGUGGCUGUUGUAAUAAAAAUACAAGACCUUCUACAGGAAAAUAAAAUGCUAUGAUGUGAAAUCAUUUCAAUCAAAAUAAACUGUCUGUGAAUAUGUUUAAAA